GGCUGGAACCGGACACACAGACACCGCCGGAGCCGGCUCCCUCCCCCCGGGGCAGGGUCCUUCUCCCGCCCCGCUUGUCCUCUCCCUUCCCGGAACGGGUUGCUCUCCGCCCGCGUUCCCGAGGGAGGGUGAGGCCUCCUUCCGCCGCCAUGGCGGGCCGGGCCGCGCCGCCGCCGGAGGCCACGCUCCGCGCCUGGGAACGCGAGCAGGCCCGGCUGGGAGCCAGCGUGGUGGAGGAGGACACCGAGGAAUGGCAGAGAGAUCCCGGUUUUGCCGGACUGGAGAGAGUGGGAGGUGUGGAUUUAUCCUACAUCAAAGAAGACGAGACCAGCGCCUGCGCCUCCCUGGUGGUGCUGAGCUACCCGGGCAUGGAGGUGCUGUACGAGGAUUGCCGGAUGGUGACGGUGAGCGCCCCGUACGUGGCAGGAUUCUUAGCCUUCCGAGAAGUCCCUUUCCUGGUGGAAGCUGUUCAGAGACUUCAGCAGGAGGAGCCCAGGCUCAGACCUCAGGUACUUCUUGUAGAUGGGAAUGGCCUGCUCCAUCCCAGAGGAUUUGGUGUGGCCUGUCACCUUGGGGUCCUGACGGAUCUACCAUGUAUUGGAGUGGCCAAGAACCUCCUGCAGACAGAUGGCUUGGUCAGGGAUGAGCUGCACAGAGAGCAGAUUCGUUCCCUGCAGAAGGAAGGAGAUACAUUCCCACUGACGGGCACUUCUGGGAGAGCCCGGGGCAUGGCCCUGCGUAGCAGCAACAACAGCUCUAGGCCACUCUAUAUCUCCGUGGGCCACAGGGUGUGCCUGGAGACAGCCGUGCGCCUGGUCAAGUCCUGCUGCAGGUACCGGAUCCCGGAGCCCAUCCGUCAGGCCGAUAUUAGAUCGAGGGAGUAUAUUCGGAAGCAGCUGUGCUCACCACUGGAGGUCACGUCUUCUGGGCCAGAGAGUGGUAAAAAGGAGGCUGAACCGGAUGAUUAGGCUGAUGCCAGGAGAAACCACAGGGCUCCUCUUCACUGGAUCCUCUCCUCCACCACGACUGUGGUUCUGUCGAGCACCACGGCCGAGUGCCACCCCAGGGGACAGCAGUGCAAGGCCGUGUUGGUCAGGACAAUGCCACCAACUCCACGUGGGUCUGGGGGACAGACAGACCAGCCUCUGUGCAGGGAUAAUGUUAAGGACGCAUUUCUCAGGGAUGAUUUUUAAGCAUUGUAAAAAUAUUUGUGUAAGUAAAAGUACCCUUGUAAGUUUGCAA